AGCCGUUUUGGCUCAAGCCGCCGGCGCUCGAGAGCAGCAGCGAUUCCUGCACUCACUGCAGCAGCAGCAUCGCUCCCACCGAGAUGGCCCGGCUCCUGUCGCUGUGCGCCGCGUGUGCCGGCGCUUACGCCGUUGUCCUUUGCCUCACGGUCCUCUCCGCGCCCGCGCCGGCCGCGUUCCUCUCGGCGCCCGCGCCCGGGCGGCGCGAGGCUGUCCAGGGCGCUGUCGCGGUGCUCGCUGCGGCGGUCGGCGGCGAGGCGGCGCUGGCCGACUUCCAGGGCGAACCGGUGACCUGCAUGAAGAGGUACGGCCCGGCCAUCAUCAACCUCAAGAGCGCGAUCGACUCUGGCGACAUGAAGGCCGUCCUGGCCAAGGAGAACAAGUUCAAGAUGCUCAACACGUUCUGGCGCAACCAGCCGAAGGACUUUGCGGCGCAGACGGAGGUCUCCGAGGACCUCCUGGACGCUGCGGCGGACGGCCAGGUAGACAAGGUGAAGACGCUGUACGCCAAGUACAUGGAGAAGACGGAGCUGAAGACGUUCGCCAACCUGCCCCCGGCCAGGCAGUACCACAUGACUAACCGCGACGCCUCCAUGGGCAAGCGCUGAGUGCCCUCGCCGUGAUCGCACCAGGUUCCAACUUGUUUGUGUUUUGGCUGGGUGUUUUUUCAAGUGAACUGGCCCGACAGGGAGUCACAGCAGCUUUUUGCAGGCUGAAGCGUGAUGCGCACGCUUGAGAAUAGUAGCGGCGUGGACGGAGUUCGCUGGUUGAGCCCUCCUCCUCCUCCUCCUCCUCCUCC